AUGUACGAGCGAGUGCGACCCGACCGCUAUGUCCCCGGCUCCCCCAUCUUCCGCGACACCAGCAGCCCAACGCCCCACGCCGCCCUCGCGGGGCCUAUAACAUCGCCGCCGGCCUCCGUCUCCGCCUCCGCUACAUCUUCCGCCACCAGCACCAGCACAACAGCCAGUAGCACAGCCAGCAGCACCGGAGCAGGAGGAGCAGACGGAUCCAGGAGUCGAGCAGGAGCCAGAGCCAUGACGGCAUCCCUAGCCCAUGCCUCACAGGGUAACCACAACAGCAGCACCAUCUCCGGUUCUGGCAAGUCCAAGCCACCAGCUGGAUACGCGAGCACUCGCUCGGCAGCAAUGAUGGCCUUGGCACUGGGCCAGCCGUCGGGCAAUGGAAGUAACAAGUCACCGCCCGCUCCCCGAGCAGCCUCACCCGCCCAGUCCCAGACCCAAGCCCAGAAUGUAUCCCAAUCGCAGUCCCAAUCGCCGCGUCCCGGCAGUAGAAGGGUUUCCAAUACCUCCUUGCCCUGCAAUGUACCCAAAUCGAAGUCUUCAACGCCGACGGCUAGCAGAGCGGCAGCCCAGCUGAAUGGCUCUUCGGGCAUCUUUUCCGGCGGCAGCAACUCCAGUGGCUCGGACAAUGAUGGAUUCAGUACGUCCGGCUCAUCAGCAGCCACGGCUCUCCGAAGGCUUUAUUUUAAGAGCGGACGGAGCAUCAAGAACAAGAUCAAUGCCUCGACAAGCUCGGCGUCUCCUCUAAAUGGACUGCCCCUGAAUCCGGUGUCCAGUGCAUACCACAGCUCCAUGCACAAUGUGACCACAGCGGGCGGAGUGCCCAAGCUGGUGGUGAUGGGCACCUCGUCCGCCUCUAUACCGGACACCAACAUCAACACGUCCACGGACUCGGCCUGCACGCUCAUCACGAAUGUGACCCACACGGACACGUCGGAGACGUGCGACUCCUUGGACCUGGGUGACAACUCGGGUCCCAGCGAGCCGCUGUUUAGUUCGCUGGAGGAGCCGCUGCUCACCGCCGUCCACAUCGAUUCGGAGCACGAGGGAGCUGCCAAUGGACGCGGCGCCACCGAGCUGGAACUAACGAGCUGCUCGAGGUACCCGCCCAGGCCCGAUAUAAAUCUGCAGGACAGCACCGAGAGCCAGGAGUCCUGCCUGUCCAUCCUUACCGGCGAACCCACUUCCACCACACCCCUGCUUUCCUCGCAGCGGCGCCAUCCAACUGGCAGCGGUCACUCGCCCGGCAGCCAGCGCGAGGAGAAGCGGGAGAGAAAGGAGCGAGAGCCCAGCACGGCUCCACCGCCCACCCGGGCCAGGGAGCACUUCACCUUUGAUCCCCCGCAGUCGCCGAAGUCGGCGCGCAGCAGCGAGAAGUCCGCCAGCCACUUUCCUUUCAAGAGCUAUGGUAAUGAGGCAGGAAGGACAGGAACAGGAACAGCAGCCGGAGUGGGUGGGGAGACAGCAGCUGGAGCCGGAGUCAGAGGAGGAGGAGUUGGACCCGGAGGUGGAGGGAGUGGCAGUGGCGCCGUGGCUGCCAGCGAAGGAGACGAGGAAGAUGACGAGCGUAGUGGCGACAGCCUGGGCAAUCGCAGCAAGAAGCUGCGUCCUCGGGAGAGGGAUCCCAAUCACAUUUCGCCCAGCGUGUCGCCGUCGCACAGUCGCCGGGCGAGUCCUAAGCGGGAGAAACGUCGGACCGCACCGUCAGCCGCCACGGGGGCCAUAGCCAAGGUCAGCUCGGCGCCGCCCACAAUGAAGGAGGCCAACUUCUUUGGUGGCUCCGGCGGGAAGCAGAAGCAGCGCCAGUCUCAGAACAUGCCGCAGCCCCAUCAGCUCUCCCCGUCCGCCCAGCAGCAGCGGAAGUACUCCUCCAGUUCAUCGAGUGGCAGCAGUGAACGCUGCCUCAGAGAGGCCACAGGACCUGGGACCAUGUUCCCCUUUGACCGGGAGGCACUGGACUACGAGCGCAUCCAGCGAGAGUGCUUUGCGCCCAGCUCCACCACGGCCAGUAAUAGCAGUGAUUCCGAGGCGGAGAACUGUUCCGUGUAUGAAAGGAAAUCCGGGGCGGACAUCUUCCAGCAGUACUCACGGCUGAGCCACCAGGAGCAACUACAACAGCACUAUCAGGAGCAGCGUGACUGGGACCGUGAGCGAGACCGUCCGCCGUCGCGCAAGAACUCAAAACGCAUCCGGCCGGACUCUGUAAUCCACACGACCAUACGGGAGAAUCAGCAGUAUGUGCCGCAGUCGGACGCCUUCUAUCCCCAGGCCAAGUCCUCCUCCUCGCCCAGCGAUCACUCCUACGCCGAGCUGAACAAGUUCGAGGACAUCGCCAGCAAGUUCGAGCAGAUCCCGCCCAAGCAUGGCUCUGGCUCUGGCUCGAGAUCCGGCUCCAUGCUGAAUCUGCACCAUAUGAUGCCCAGUCCGGGCAGCGAGUCCGCGGUUAGUCCCACGGACUCGACCCGCCGGCGUUCCUUUAAGAGCAAGCAGCGCCAGCAGAAGGAGGAGCACUUUUACAUCCAGACGGAGGAUCGUACCAGCCAGAGUGGCGGCGGACCCAUCAAUGUGACCGCCAAUCCCCUGGAGGCAGCUGCCGUCUGCAAACAACCACGCGCCACCAUCGUGGUCCAGCAAGUGAGUACUACAAAUAUAUAUAUGUUGUAUCUGUAA